AUGUGCUUGUACUGGGGCUCAAUUAUUUAUAUUCCUCUUGGAGUAUCUUCUUCUAUUUACCAGCUCUAACCAUUUGUGACUCUCAUUGUAGGCUACUUUUGGAUUGGUGAGAAACUUCCUAAGGUUGAAAUAUUUAAUAUGUUAUGCGCUUUUUCAGGAGUUAUGCUUAUAAUAUACUCAGCUAAACUUAACAGUCAUUAUGAAUCAGAGGAUGGUAAUUAAGACAAUAAGGAAGCCAAUACAUUGGUUAAAUAUGAUCUACAUAAAAUGCUGUUGGCUGCAAUUGUCAAUUUUAUUAGUGCAUUCAUUGGAGGGACAAUGUUUGUUGUGCUCAGAAAAUUGAAAAAGACCCAUUUUACUAUUGUUAAUGGGCAUUAUGCUCUUGUUAUAGCAUUUGUAUCGUCUGUGAUAUGGAUAAUUUUCAGAUAUAACAACCAAGAUCCAAUUAAAUACAACUUUGAUUCCUACUAAUAUAUUUUGAUUAUCAUUAUAAGCUUUACUACAGCUUUGGGAAAUAUGGCACCUACAUUAGCUGUAAGGUAUGAUAAGGCAAGUAGAAUCUCAUCUGUUAAUUUCUUAAUGGUGCUUGUAUCAUAUUUGGGAGAUGUUUUCCUAUUUGGUUAUUAAACUCAUCCUCUAGAAGUUAUGGGAGCAAUUAUUAUUAUCAUUUGCUCAGCUAUUACAAUGAUUCUUAAAUAUACAGGAUAUCUCUAAUGA